AUGCCGCGCGGGCGGGCGGGAACCACACCCCGGUCCGGAGUCCUGACCCUGGCCCUCACAGCGGUGGUGGCGCUCGUCGUCACCGGCUGUGGCUCCGGUAGCGGGGGAGGGACGGCCGCCGACUGCGACACCAGCCGCGGGACGCUGGUCGUGGGCCUCGUCGCCCCGCUGACCGGUGAGCUGGCGUCGGUCGGCCUGGGCAUGAAGAACUCCGCGGACCUCGCGAUCAAGGAGGCCAACGACCGCUGCGCGGUCCCCGGCUACCACCUCGCGAUCCAGAGCCAGGACGACCGGGCCGACCCGAGGACCGGUGCGGCGGCGGCCCGGACGCUGGCGGGCGACCCGUCGCUGAUCGGCGUGCUGGGCCCGUUCAACUCCUCGGUCGCGCUCGAGAUGCAGCGGGUGCUCGCCGACGCGUCGAUCGUGGAGAUCUCGCCGGGGACGACGGCGGUCCAGCUCACGCGCGGAUCGAACCCCGUCACGGCGCCCCUGCGCCAGUACCAGUCGUUCUUCCGCACCGUCGCGACCGACGCCGUGCAGGGACCCGCUGCGGCGGCGUACAUGGCCGAGCAGGCCGACCGUCGACGCGUCGCGGUCGUCUCCGACGGCAAGACCUACGGCGAGGGCAUCGCCUCGGAGUUCGGCAAGCAGCUGGCCACGGUCGGCGGCACGGUGGUCACGCGGCUGCAGCUGCCCCCCGAGGCGUCCCCCGCGGCGGCGGUGGGCGCGAUCGCCCGCUCGCGCCCCGACGCCGUGUUCUACGGCGGCGAGUACCCCGGCGCCGGUCCGCUGUCGCGAGCCCUCGGCGCUGCCGGGGUCACCGCACCGGUGAUGGGCGGCGACGGCAUCGUCAACCCCGGCUACGUCGCGGCGGGUGGGCGCGAGGGUGACCUCGGGACCUCG